AUGAUCUCACGCACGGAUGCAUAUCUAUCUAUCUAUCUAUCUAUCUAUCUAUCUUUCCCCCUCUCCCUCUCUGUCUCUAUGAUAUUUCACUGCACCUUGCAAACGAGCCAUUUGCACCACACGAUAUCUAUUCAUUCAGAUUCUAAGUCCAUAUUGUUUUUUUAUUUCACCCAUUUGUUCUCUCUUUUCUUCUGUUUUAAUUCACGUCUUUUUUCUUUUUCUUCUUCUGUCACUGUUUUUUUUUUAUAUUUUUUACGACUGAUUCAUUCUUUCCUUCUUUUUUUCUUCCCCUUGAAUUCAUUCCCCGUUUCAUUCUUUUGUUACCCUUCGUCUUCUUCUUCUUCAUUCUUCUUCUUCAUUUUUCUUUUUUUCUUCUGCAUUCUCCUUCUUCAUUCUUAUUCUUCUUCUUCAUUCUUCUUCUUCAUUCUUUUUCUUCUGCAUUCUUCUUCUUCUUCAUUCUUUUUCAUUCUUUUUCUCCUGUAUUCUUCUUCUUCUUCUUCUUCAUUUUUCUUUUUUCUUCUGCAUUUUCCUUCUUCAUUCUUCUUCUUCUUCUUCAUUCUACUUUUUCAUUCUUUUUCUUAA